AUGAACUCACAGAGAUUGGUCACAUCGUUGGGCAACAUUGCUCUUCGUCUGAGCAACACGGCAACACCAUCAACAACAUCAAGAGUUGUGUUGCAAUCAUAUUAUAACUAUUACUCAAUCUCUUUGUUAAACAACAACAACAAUAGAGCACCUGGACCUGCUCCAGUGCAGGGCGAGGAAAACGAGUUUGACUUGGACGAGUUCGAGGAGGAGUUUGGCGAUGAGGAGGGAGGACCCGUGCCCAAGGAGGACCAGAUGGAGAUGGAUAUGGACGACGAUGAUGACUAUGGCAACGAGGGAGCAGACGAAGAGGGCGCACCAGUCGAGGGAAAGGAGUACUCGGAGGUGGAGGUCAACGAGCUGAUCGGUCAGACACAGACCGAGAUCUAUCGUCAUCUGCUCGACUGUCCCAAGCCACUAGACUCUGAGGUCAAGAUGAAGAUCUAUAGGAAGUGGCAAGAGGAUCCCAAAUACUAUAAUACAAAGAGGCUAUCUGAUUUGUUCAAGAUACAUAGAGGAAGAAUUGCUGCAAUCAUUAGAUUCCAACAGAUAUAUGAACAGGAGGUAGCAGCUGGCAAUAGAGUGUUUGAUGACUUGGAGACAGACAUUGCUAAACUGCUGGGCACACGUAUGCAGGACGAAUACUUGGGCGAGGAAGACGACCACUCGGACAAGUUCUUCUUUGUUGAUGGAAAGACAGACGAGCUCGCAUUGGAGGAGAAUGAUAAGAACAAUAGUGGCAAGCGCCCGGCCCCAUUGCACGAGGUGCCCACCGUGAUCCCCAAGAGCUUCCCCGAGAAGCCCGUCUACUUCCGCGGACCCACUCUGUCGAGGCCCAAGCGCAAGAAUCUCAUCUUCAUCGACAACAGUCGCGAUCCAUUCACCAACAGGGCCAACCGCGACCCAAUGAUGCUCAUCAAUGGCAUUGAUGGCUCACUGCGCACACCAUCCACAAGCGAGCGUAAGCUCAUCCUGGAUCACAUUCGCAAGCCCAAGGUGUCUCGCGAUCCCGAUGCACUAUUGAAGCGUCCACUCAAGUACAAGGUCAAUACGCCAGGUGGCGGCGCUGCCUCAGCAGCACCAUCAUCAGCACCAGCACAGAGCGAGCAACAACAAUAG